AUGCAGCGGACAGACUCAUUUUCUCGGCGCUUUAAGGGGGAAGCGGAAUUGACCGCGGCUCCUGCGUAUCCUCGCAGCCGCAGCACGGGUCAAAGUAACAGCUACAGACCUGCUGAGGGGGAUUACAACAGCUAUAGUAACUACGAGCCAGAUGCCGGUGGUGAUAAUUUCGAUUUUGAGGAGACCACGUGGUCUCCUGCUCUCACUUCGGGCGGCGAGAUUGCGCGAGACCGACCCACUCGUAACAACCAUCGUCGGACGCUGUCAGUGUCGUCCGCGCUGCGGCCGCAGAUCUACCAAACUUUUCACGACACUGGCGAGAACCAGGGCGUAGGCGGGGCCGUGUUGGGACUCUACGGAGAGCUGGGCAGCGCGGAAGGGGAGCUUUUGCGGCAGCGGAGCGAGCAGGCGAACAGGAUUCCGGGAUCGUCGUCCACUCCUAGCACGUAUGGCCACAGGGCCCGGUCGUCGCUCGCCGCGUCGCUGGACGGAACAGGCAGUAGCAGCAUGGGAAGCGGCAUGGGCAGCGGCAUAGGGAGCGGCAUCGGCGGCAUGGGAGGCGGCAUCGGAAGUAGUGUGGUGGACAGCGAGGCGCUGUUCGCGGCGAUGCGGGGGCGGCAUCUGGGCGCGGGAUCCGCGAGCAUGGACGUGGAGCGGCUGGCGGACGCCGCAGGGAGGGACCUGGGGGGGCGGUACGAUAGCGUGGGUGGCGGCAGGUAUGGCGGGAGCAUGCGGCUGGGAGGAGGGGACGGGGCAGCGGAGUUACGGAGGGUGCUGAGUCACAGGGAGAGCGACUUCGCCAACGGUCAUACAGGCCGCCAAGACGGCUGGCCGGAUCUGUCCUCUGAUCCGGCUUCCUUUUCCGCCAGCUCGUGGCGCGGCGGAGGGGACAGCUUCGCAGACCUCGUGGGGAAGCCCGGUGGAGGGUCGUCGGCGCUGGACUUCAUCGAUGGCGGCAUGGGGAUGGGCGCAGGCGCGGGGGGCGGAAGGCGCAUGGGCGCGGAGGAACUGCUGGGGCUGGCGGGGGAGCUUAGACAAGGCAGAGGCGGGGGAUUCGGCGGAGCCGGCGCGGGCAUGCUGGGGUUCGCGGACGAGGAUUUGGGAGGGGUAGGCGGAGGAGGCGGCGGCGGCGGAGGGGGAUUAGUGGGGGGAGCGGGCGCGGGGAUGAGCGUGGGGGGCGGGGCGGGGGUGCAGCUGAAGGCGGUGUUGAAGUUGGUGGAGGCGGCGCACGCGAACGACGUGGCGCUGCUCAACAGCGUGCUGCAGGAGGCCUCCUCGCGCACUGCGCUCCUCAACGCGCUGCACCCAGCGACGGGGAGGACGGCGCUGCACGAGGCGGUGGUGGCGGGCAGCCUGGACGCGGCGGCGCUGCUGCUGGAGUGGGGCGCGGACCCCGACGGGGGCACCGCCGCCGCUGAGGGAGGGCAGUCGCCGCCACUGAUGUCAGCGGUGCAGGCGGGCAGCGAGGAGGCGGUGCGGCUGCUGCUCACCAACGGCGCCGACAUCAACGCCACGGACGCGCGCCUCUGCUCCGCGCUGCACUACGCCUGCGCCACCGGCCACAGGAGCAUAAUAAAGCUGCUGCUGGUGGCGGGGGCAAACAUGUACGCGCGCAACAGGGACGGGCUGCUGCCGCAGGAGCUGACGUCGUCGGACCGCAUUGGCGCGCUCUUCCGCAAGCUGCACGACUACCACCAGCGCUGCGCCGCCCCUGACUCCGCCUCCCCCGCCGCCGCCCCCCUGGACGCCGCCACACGCGCGGGGGGACUCGGGGGGUUCCGCCAAAGCACUAGUUUUGAGGAAGGGGACUUGCUUUCAGGGGAUUUGGGAGGCUCGGGUCUGCUGGGAGGUUCGGGGGGAGGCUUGGAGGAUAUUGGCGGGUUCAGGCCUGAGUUGGGCAGAAGCAUCAGCAGCAGCAGUGGUGGCACUUCAACCGCGGCCCGCCCCCCUGCCCGCGUGCGCAAGUCCGUGUCCUUCGCCCUGCCCUCUGCAGGCGAUGACGGCUCCCCAAACCAGCAUGGGCGGCAGAGGGGCGAGAGCGAGGGCGAGAGCGACGGGGGGUCGGGGAAGGAGGAGACGGAGAGUGGCAGUGAGGGUGGCGGGGUGAGGCGCCAUCGGCGGUACGGCGACAGACGGAUGUCUCCCCGCCCUCCCGUGUCCCCCCGCCGGCGAGCGGCUGUUGCUGCUGCUGCUGCAGCAGGGGGGAUUGCAGGGCAUGGGAAAGCGGGUGCAGGAGGGGAUAAGGAGGGGGAAGAGAGGGGUGAUGCGGCGGGCAGAGGGAAGGCUGCGUCUGGUGGUGGUUCCCCCUCGUCCCCCUCCUCGCCUGCUACCUCCUCCCCCUCUGCGCCCUCCCCUUCCGCCUCCCCGCCCAACCAGUCGUCCCCCCUUGCCUCCCCCGCCACCCCCUCGCCCCGCUCCCCCUCCACGCCCUCCGCCUCUCCCCUUGGUGGCAAGGCGGAUGGCAGUGGGGAGGGGCGGGAGGAGAAGGGCGCAGAGAAGCAGGCCAAGGGCGGGGAGAAGGGCGGAGGGGGGGACCUGAAAUCGGGCAAAGAUGUAAUGGGGGAGGAGGGGAAGAAGCAGGAGGGUGAAGCGGGGCAUGGGAAGGGUGGGAAGGGGGAGGGACGGGCAGAGGGGGGGAGUGCGGGCAGUGGCAGUGAGGGGAAUGAAAGUGAUGGCAAGUCGUCCUCCCCUUCCUCCUCCCCUUCCGCCACCACCACCAGUGCCACGUCAACCACCUCGUCUGCCAGCGUGGCAAAGGCCCUUGCAGCGUCAGGGUCGGUGUCCAUGUCAGCAUCCCCGCUGGGCACACUCAAGUGGAAGAAGGGCGACCUGCUGGGGGAGGGCGCCUUCGGCAAGGUCUUCCUGGGCCUCAAUGAGAUGACGGGGGAGCUGAUGGCGGUGAAGCAGAUCAAGAUGACGACGGCGGGCGACGAGAAGGCGAUGCUGAUCGCCUCUCUGGAGCGCGAAAUCGUGCUGUACCGCCAGAUGCGCCACCGCCACAUCGUGGGGUACAUAGACAUGGAGAAGGACGAGGCUGACGGCUCCAUCUAUAUCUUUCUCGAGCUUGUCUCUGGCGGGUCGCUGCACAGCAUGUUGGAGAAAUUCGGCAAGUUCAGUGAGUCGCUGGUGCGCGUGUACACGCGGCAGCUGCUGCUGGGGUUGGAGUAUCUGCACGGCUGCAAGAUCAUCCACCGCGACAUCAAGGGCGGCAACGUGCUCGUCGACAGGGAUGGGGUUAUUAAGCUCGCUGACUUUGGUGCCUCCAAGGCGUUCCACGAGGGCACGGUGGGCGAGGGGUGCAAGUCGAUCCGCGGGUCGGUGUUCUGGAUGGCGCCCGAGGUGAUUAAGGGCGAGGGGUACGGCCGCCGUGCUGACAUCUGGAGCCUCGGCUGCACCGUCAUUGAAAUGCUCACCGGCAGCCACCCAUGGCCGGGCAUGGACAACACGUGGUCGGCCAUCUUCCACAUCGCCAAGACCACCACGGGCCCGCCCAUUCCCGAGGGCAUAUCGGAUGAGGGUCGCGAGUUCCUCGAGGCGUGCUUCCACAUCGAGCCCUACGACAGACCGUCCGCCACCGAGCUUCUGAAGCUACCAUUCGUUCAAACAACUCCCUGCCAUCACUCCCUUGGCACCAUCUUCGCAUCAAUUCCCGACGAGGUUUCUCACGAGGCGCUCCUGCGUCUUCCGCGCCACCUGCACUGCGCGCUCAAUACAGUCUCCAAGUCCUGGAGCUCCGCCGUGUCUAGCGAAGCGUUCUUCCAGGCGCGAGAGGCGGCGGGCGUGAUCGAGGAGUGGCUCUUCGUGCUCCCAGAGGACCCCGACCAGGGCGCGUUCCGCGCGUUCGACCCCAACUCCAAAUCAUGGCGCGCCGUGCCGCCCAUUCCUGGUCGGUCCAAGAAUGAGGGGCUUUCAGAAUUCGCGACGGUGGCUGCGGGCGGGAAGAUGUACGUCAUUGGUGGCUGCGAGCGCGUGACGUCAGCAUCCCCAUCGGUAAUGGGUUGCGCAGACGUCGCGACGGCGCGGGUGCGUGUGUUCGACCCCGUCGCGUGGCGCUGGGAUUUCUGCGCGCCGAUGGGCGAGGCGCGCAUCUCGCCCGCCGCGGAGGUGUUGGACGGCCGUUACAUCGUGGUUACCGGCGGACAGGGCCGACACGCGUUCCUGCGAUCCGCCGAGAUUUUCGACGUGCUCACCGGUCAAUGGCGGAGCAUCAGCGCGAUGCACGCCGCGAGAUGCGGGCACCGCGCCGUGGUGCUCGGGGGGCAGCUGACGGUGAUCGCGGGGGAGGUGCAGCGGCCUGACAGCUCGACUGCUGACGUCAUGGGGUUACGUCAUGACGGAGACGGACAGGCGCGCGAGAGCACGGCGUCGAUCGAGGUGUACGACCGGCAGAGCGACCGGUGGGACCUGGUGCCCCACGCGUGGAUCGACGACUGCAAGAUCCCGGGCCCCAUGGCCGUGCUCAACGGCGAUCUCUACGCCAUCCACCAGUCGCGCCUCGUCGUGCGCGACGCCGCCACGGGCGAGUGGCGCAAGUGCGGGCCUAUCCCCUCGCUCCACGUCAGCAGCUCGGGCGUCGGCAACUUCAGGCGGCAAAGCAGUGCGACGCGCGGCGUGGGCAUGAUUGCCUUUCAAGGGAAGCUGUUCUUGCUGGGCGGCGCGCGCGAGGCGAGGAGCAAUGGCGGGUUUGGCGGCGGGAGGGUAAGAUUGGAGGAGGUGUUUUGCUGGGACCCCGCGGAGGAGGACAGGCGCGGGCGCGAGGAGGAUGCGCGCACGCCCAAGGGGCUGCUUGCGGCCAUGCUCGUGCGCCCCAGUGAACGGUUACUCAACUGGGAGGCCGUGGGCGGCAUGGGCGGCGGGAAGGGCGCCAUUCUCGCGUGCGCCGUGCUGAGAGUGUAA